CUGGUAACUGUUUAUGACGUCAGUACUGUUGCGCAGCCGCAGCUGUAACGGUGAAAAUGGUGCUCGUCAAAGAAUAUCGUGUGGUCUUACCAUGCACAGUUGAAGAGUACCAAGUGGGGCAGUUGUACUCGGUGGCAGAGGCCAGUAAGAAUGAGACCGGAGGAGGUGAAGGCAUCGAGGUGCUGAAGAACGAGCCUUAUGAGAAAGAUGGCGAGAGAGGCCAGUACACGCACAAGAUCUACCAUCUCAAAAGUAAAGUUCCAGGCUUUGUAAGGAUGAUCGCUCCAGAAGGUUCUCUGGUUUUCCAUGAGAAGGCUUGGAAUUCUUACCCCUACUGCAGAACAAUUGUAACGAAUGAAUAUAUGAAGGAUGACUUCUUCAUCAAAAUUGAAACAUGGCACAAACCUGACCUUGGAACAAUAGAGAAUGUUCACAAGCUGGACAGUUCCACAUGGAAUUCCGUGGAGGUGAUGCCCAUUGACAUAGCAGACAGGGCUCAAGUAGCCCCUGGUGAUUACAAGACGGAUGAGGAUCCCGCCCUCUUCAAGUCCGCCAAGACGGGCAGGGGACCGCUGGGGCCUCACUGGAAGAAAGAGCUGGUCAGUAACCCCGAGAGCCCACGCAUGUGUGCCUACAAACUGGUGACCGUCAAGUUCAGGUGGUGGGGCCUACAGAACAAAGUGGAAAACUUCAUUCAUAAGCAAGAGAAGCGAAUCUUUACUAACUUCCACCGGCAGCUGUUCUGCUGGAUUGAUAAGUGGGUGGAGCUCAGCAUGGAGGACAUUCGAAGAAUGGAAGACGAUACUCAGAAAGAGCUGGAGGAGAUGCGUAAGAGAGGUUCAGUACGAGGCACAAAGGCAGCAGAGGACUAGCUGGAGUUUAGCUUCAAGUUAUGUAGUCUUCGCAAAAAAAAAGUGCAAGGAACUAGCGCUGCCGACGACGAAUGAGACCACCCUUCCAAACCCACCCACUACCAUGACAAUGGAGAAAAGCAACUGAAGACUGGCAUUCAUCUGUAGGCAACAUUCAACAGUCUCUUGCCAAAAUCAGGAGGGAGGUUAUAACUGAUAGAGCAAUUGGACCCCCCUGCCUCCAUGAUGACAGAAUCACUUUGUGUCAAGCAAGUAAGCAAUGCUUUUAAACAUAAUGCCUUUAUCACAGGAGCCUCAACAUAGAAAAGCCAACGGCAGUCCUGCCUCUGUCUCAAAAAAAAUGACAAUCCCCAAAAUAAGAAGGGAGGGGGGAAAAAAAAUAAGUUUGAGGUAUGGCUAUGAAAGGACCAAAUUUUCUUGGGUAAACAUUCUUUUGGUAUGAUUCUUCAAGAAUCAUAGGCCUGAAGUUGGGUCUCUUGCCUGUUAACUCUUUACCUCGCUACAUCACUUUUGAUGUGGGAUCUUAUUUCAGUGUUUAGUUUUUGCAUUCUUUCAUUUUCUCUUUCGCACUCUCUCUCUUUUUUUCUGUGUGUAUGUGUGUUGAAUAGCUGAAGCUGUUUUCGGAGGUUUCCCUUCAGGGCAGGGUUGUGCCUGUCAUUUUGCAGUUCUUCUCCUGUCUUUCCCUGCCUUGGCCGUUACUGAGAGAUAAUCCCUUCCCCACACUUUUACUCCAAAGUACUCAACCAUGCACACAAAUGAAUUCAAAUGAACACACAUACACUCCUGCAUAGACACACAGACACAACCGCAGUCCCAGGUGUCAAUGCCUUCAUGAUGACAUGUCUUUCAUAAGCUUUAUUGGGGCAAAUCUGCACAGGUUGUCAGUCACUGUUUGCAUUUUGCUUGUGCUUUGCUCCAUGUCCUCUUUGCAGGUGCCUUCUGAUAGAGUAGCGUAAAAUGUCUUUGAUGGUCACCAACCGCAUGCCAGUCACCCUCUCAAACCUGACCCUUGAACCUGUAAUGUGUACAUGGACUUCUUGAAUUCCAGAAGAGUAUCAGCAUUCUAACCUUGUAGAACCAGAAGUGUGUGUGUGUGUGUGUGUGUGUGUCUCUCUCUCUCUCUCUCUCUCUCUCUCCAUAUAUCUGUGUGUAUGUAUAUGUAUAAAAAAUAUAUAUAUAUAAAAAUUUGUGCCUUAUUUGGUCCUUACUUAUGUUUUUUGGGUGGGAAAGAUCAUAUCACUUCACUUUUAUAUGAAAAAUCAUAUCCUUCACUUUUUGGUGACACCUUUUUUAAAUGCUUUUUUCAUUGUUCCAUGAAGUUUAGACUUCUGAAAACCUUAUUAAAUGCACUAAAUUGCUUUUAGAUUCCAAACAGGGUAUUAACCUCCAGUUUGUAGAGUUCUUUUCUCAGGGCCCAGUCUUUAUCUGAAUAAUAAUAAUGCUAAAACCUUUGUCCUCUGUAUAGUUGGAGUUGCCCUUAAGUUGCCUUAAAACUAAACCAUCGGAGCCUCAUUACGUACAGCCUACUGUCUUUAAUGUUAGCUCGGCAUGGCCCCAUUAUCACCUCAACUUGUGGUUUUUGUGAGCAUGUUGGAGAGUGCGCUGCAGUCCUUUUUUUUAAUUUUUAUUUUUUUAAUUUUUAUUUUUUUUCACUUAUUUACAAACUAAACCUACAUUGCCUGUCAACAGUGAUCCAGCACAGUCUGUGCCAAAGGCUGCCUGAUGAUGUACUAAUGGGAAAACACAAACAUUUAAUAGUGGUGUAAUUCUUACCAUUUCAUGCAUAAAUCUAGUCCCAGAAAAUUUGGGGAUGGUUGUAAUUUCAAUUACUGGUAGUGGGAGGCCUUGGGUGAAUAAAAAGUAAUAUAUUUAGGGAAAAAUGCAAUAAAUACUCUCUGUGCAUUCCCCCUUGGCACAAACUCUCAGGGGCAGUAAGGACACACCUUCUUAAAUAAGCAUCACAGCACCAGGGGCUUUUUUUGAUAUGCCUCUAUCUUUUAGGUUCUACAUAUAGUACCUAUAUUAACAUACUUACCUGUUUUUCUCCUGUGUCAUAAUGGUUUGAAGAGCUUACUGUUAAUGUUUACAGUGAGUCUGAAUCAGUUUCUACCAAAUUGUAUCUCAUACUUCCUCUGCUGAAUUGAAAAGGGAGUUUUAUUCAGUAAGCUUUAAUCCCUUGACCUCUGAAGCACAAAAGGGUUUUGACAAACAGACUACAUAACAAUGUAAUUAUAUUUGUGCAGUACAGACAGUAGAAGAUAAAACAGAACAGUUUGAGACAUCAUGAUUCUGUGUGUAGUUACAUUUCUUUUACGAAAGCAUCCCUCGGUUUAUAAGAACUUUGACGCUCCCAACCACUGUCUCGUUUUCACUGAGGUGACACCGCUAUAUAAAGAUCUGACAUCUACACUCCUGAAGGUCCCAGGUGAAGGGGUAUCUGGACCUGGUUUAUAUUCUUUUGUUUUCAGCACAAUCAUGGCUGCGACUUGUCAUCAUGUACGCUAAUCAAAGAACCAUGAAAUCCUGUAAGUUGGCUUGUUACAACGGUGAAAGCAUUCUCAUGAAUGUACACUUUACUUCCUGUUCUCCUGUAGUUUUAUUUUUCUUCCUGGCUUAUAAAAAGAGUUCUUAAUUGUUCAUUAAAUUUCGAUAGAAAUAAUACUGACUUCUUGUUUUUAUUGUCCAACUACUUUGUUUACAUGUGUUUACUGUUUACCUAUGUUUAUAUUUUGGUUUUAAUAAAGCAGAUGUAGUAAAUAUG